AUGGAACACUCAUACUCUUCAGCAACACCAUCCACCAUGAUGCCAUCCACCAAACCAUUCCAAGCACAGACCUCUCAGAAUCCAUUUGUCAUUGAAAAUAAGAAACGGGAGGAAAAAUAUAAACCAAUUGUCAUGUAUAAAUGCGGAGCGUGUGGAAUGGAGAGCAACAAAUUCCUGGCUUGUGCCUCAUGUCAAAGUAAAUUAAUGUACAAAAAACGAACACCAAGAUUUAUUCAUCAUGAUACGAAUUAA